AUGGAAGCCACACUUAACCACCAGGGAUUCCAGAGAAAAGAUGGCGUGUCUUUGGAGGAUGGGAGUGGUGACCCUGGUUUAGACCAAACUGUGAGAGGAGAAAAUUGGAACCCAUGUCUGGAGGGCCAUGAUGUGUUUUCCAAGGUCAAAGAGAACAGCAUGAUAGGAGAACUCAUCGCUGAGCUCAAAACUGAGCUGACAGCCAAUGAUGUUGUCUGGAGCUUAACUGGGGAGGACGCUGAUUGGUUCUUCCUAGAAAGGCGGAGCAUCAAACUCAAUGCCCCAUUGGAUAGAGUUCUGGACCGGGAGGUGCAGGGCCCAGUCCUGAUGGCAGCGUUGACCUGCUAUGAGGAGGACACUGUGCAGAGUGAGUACAGGAUCAUGGUGGAGAUUCUGAAUGAGAAUGAUAACACUCCUGAGUUUGUGGAGAGCACCAUACAGCCUCGCAGCAUCAGUGAGCUGGCUGAGGUGAAGUCAGUGGUGUUUACAGUCCAGGCCACAGAUGCAGAUGGCGACACCAUAAUGUACUCCAUCGACCAGACCUCGCCUGAUGCCGCCUACUUCAGAGUGGAUCUCCCUAACAGUGGAGAGGUGAUACUGGCCAAGCCUCUGGACUACGAGACUAAAACACAACUGAAGAUCACCAUAUAUGCUUCGGAGAUGAACACUGUGGAGAAGUUCAACACUAGUGCCAUCCUGACCGUGAAUAUCUUGGACGGAGAUGACCAGUACCCACAAUUCCUGCCGUGCAUGCCCCCCUCUAAUGACCAAUCGAAUCGUGUCUGCAGCAACCCCGUCUACACGGUUAACAUCACAGAAGGCGAACAGGAUGUUCUGCUGGACUUCUCUCCUGGGCCGAUCAAUGCUGUGGAUGGAGACAGAGGCCUCAGCUCACCUCUCAGCUAUAGCAUUCUGUCAGGGGCUGAUAAUGGGCGUUUUGUGAUGGAUGAGGUGACAGGGGAGGUGCGUCUGAUGAAAGAAGUAGAGAACAGACUACUGACACCCACACUACGCCUACGGGUCAUGGCGUACCAGAGGAAUGACCCUAGGAAGUACUCAGUUGCCACAGUUGUGAUCCGUGUUGUGGCUGUCAACCGCUUUCCUCCCCAGUUUGGUCGGGCCGAAUACCGUGGUUUUGUCACUGAAGGCAACAGCCCUGCCUCACUGGUCAACACUUACGGAAACACCGUGCUGCUGCUACAGAUACAGGACAGGGACUUCUCUGAUGGGAUUAAUCCCAAGAUGCACUACUCCCUGAGGUCCUCGUCCAAUCACACAGAGUUUUACCACAUCACACAGGAGGGGCUUCUGAUCGCCAGGACCAAUCAGUUACGGCCAUCACAGAAACACAGUCUGAAGGUAGUGGCUGUGGAUCUGGAGUCAGGUGACAUGGCCACGGCUCUCAUAAAGGUGGAGGUGCUGUAUGAAGGACAAAUAGUCCCUCAGGGCCCAUUGGGGGACGGGCGUCUCCAUGGUAGCUGUGCUGUAGGCAAGGCUAUGGGUGUGGUCAUCCUGGGACUGACUCUGUUAGGCUGCGCUCUGUAUGCACUGCAGCAUGUCCUCCGGACAUACAGAGGACUGAAGGACCCAGAGGACAGGGGCUGUAUAGCACAGGGAAAACACCCCAAUGUGAGAUUACAAUGGUUCCAACUGGUGGGUCACAGUAGCCCCAUGCCAGUCCUUGAUGAGGUGAAGUUCAAAAAGGAGGGUCUAAGCACUUCCACCUCCACCUCCAAGCUACUGGGCGGUCAGAGCAUUUACACACCUGCAGACUCGGACCUUUCUCCAUUCAACACUUUACCCAUAGCUACACCCUCAACAACCUACAUCCAGCCUAUACUAGCCAACUCCACCCAUACACCUGCUACAAUCAUCACACCUGAACUACUCAAGACAUCCACACAACUCCUGGGCAACUCCAGCUCUAGUACACCCCUACACCCAUCACCUACACCUACCAUGGAUCAGACAGACUCGCCUUUAGCUACACACCCCUCCCCUGUUGCAGAUCCAAUAGGUACACACACUCAGGUAGAAGAGACACCUACCUCACCUAACCAUCAGCAGGUACACACACCUUUACCUCCUCCCACUCCGAUCAACUCACCCCCUCACCCCACACCCCCUCCUACCUCACCUACCACACCUCUCCCUUUCUCACCUACUCCAGACCCGAUACACAAUCCUGAAUGUACAGGAUAUAAUCACACACCUUUACUUACUCCACCCUGUCCAGAGCAGGACAGGGUAGGGACACCCCCACCUAAACCCACCCCAGGGCAAACACAUACCCCUGUACUGACCAUCACCUGCCCAGAGCAGGUAGGACAACCAUGGUACCCUGAGGAGCGCAGACCCUCCACCCGCAGCCCUGAGACAGCCUCUAUCGGGGAUGAUGACUGCUUCCUGGGGGAUGAAGAGGCCACCAGGAACAGUGAUGAUGAUGAAGAUGAAGAGCUGGUGAGACUCUAUUCUCACAUACAGCCCACAUUCCUGAUAACAGACUACGACAAUGACCUCACGACUGAGAUCCCUGCCAGUGGUGGAGAGGAGGAGGGGACUGGGAACAGCGAAGGAGUGGAGAGAGAGAGGGAUUGGAUGGAGGGAAACAAGGAAAGGGCCGGGAGAGACAGGGAUGAUAUGGAAGGAAAGGGGGGUAAAUUAGAGAGCGAAGGGGAGAGUUUGAAACAUGGGAGUCCAUCAUUUCAACCCUGUGAUACAGAGCAGGAAGUAUAA